CACAUACAGCACCAUCUCACAUAGUUGCUUAAAGUCACAACUAACAGAAACCCCCGCAGAACGUGGGAAAGAAUGGCAUCAAAAACAGUUCAGAUGGUAUUUGUGGUUCUCGGCGCCAUCGGGCUGAUUCUGGUCAUUACCUGCUGCGCCCUCCCUGAAUGGGCUGUAGGACAUUAUGGUUAUAUGGAAGUUCAUGCAGGUCUGUGGAAGAUGUGUGUGAAGCACAGAACUGGACUGCAGGUGUGCGGACCGUUUGAGAGCAUCGCUGUCGAGGUCCCACUGCUUCAUGCCUCCCGGGCUUUGAUCGUCAUCAGCUGCAUCCUCGGUAUUCUCAGCCUCCUCCUCCUGUUCUUUGGUUCUGACUUCACCCCAUGUGUUCAGAACCAAGAUACCAAGACCAAAAUGAUCCUGGCUGCCGGAUUGGGCCUGAUGCUGACCGGCCUGCUGGUGAUCAUCCCGGUCAACUGGGAGGCCAAUGCGCCAGUGUGGGUGGGGGAAGUGAGGAUGGGAGCGUGCAUCUAUAUCGGCUAUCUAACUGGUUUGAUGUUGAUACCGACUGGAGUUCUGCUUUGCUGUUUCGGCAGACCCGGAUCCAGCAGCCUUGGAGGAAUAGUCAGCUGCUUAAGUGUUACCCCGCAACCUUGGAGGGCUGAGGGUAAUGUAUGUGAUGGUCUUCCCUCAACGUGUGGUGCUGUGGUAUAGAAAAGAUGAGGCACACACGUUAAGCUUUUGCCAGCAUAACAGG